AUGGUUCCCCAGGUUGGUAUCAACGGCUUCGGUCGUAUUGGCCGCAUUGUCCUCCGCAAUGCCAUCAACGCCGGUACUGUCGAGGUUGUUGCCGUCAACGACCCCUUCAUUGAGGUUCACUACGCUGCCUACAUGCUCCGCUACGACAGCACUCACGGCCAGUUCAAGGGCACCAUCGAGAUCUACGACCAGGGCCUGAUCAUCAACGGCAAGAAGGUCCAGUUCUUCGCUGAGCGUGACCCCUCUGCCAUCCCCUGGGGCUCUGCUGGUGCCGACUACGUUGUUGAGUCCACCGGUGUUUUCACCACCACCGAGAAGGCCUCCGCUCACUUGAAGGGUGGUGCCAAGAAGGUCAUCAUCUCUGCUCCUUCCGCUGAUGCCCCCAUGUUCGUCAUGGGUGUCAACAACACCUCUUACACCAAGGAUGUCGCUGUCCUCUCCAACGCCUCUUGCACCACCAACUGUCUGGCUCCCCUCGCCAAGGUCAUCAACGACAACUUCGGUAUCGUUGAGGGUCUCAUGACCACUGUCCACUCCUACACCGCCACCCAGAAGACCGUUGACGGUCCUUCUGCUAAGGACUGGCGUGGUGGCCGUACUGCGGCCCAGAACAUUAUCCCCUCCUCCACCGGUGCCGCCAAGGCUGUCGGUAAGGUCAUCCCUGCCCUUAACGGCAAGCUGACCGGUAUGUCCAUGCGUGUCCCCACCGCCAACGUCUCCGUUGUCGACCUCACUUGCCGCCUCGAGAAGGCCGCUACCUACGAGGAGAUCAAGGCUACCGUCAAGGCUGCCUCCGAGAACGAGCUCAAGGGUAUCCUCGGUUACGUUGAUGAGGACAUCGUUUCCAGCGACUGCAACGGUGACGACCGCUCUUCCAUCUUCGAUGCCAAGGCUGGUAUUGCCCUCAACUCCAACUUCGUCAAGCUUGUCUCCUGGUACGACAACGAGUGGGGUUACUCUCACCGUGUUGUUGACCUCAUUGCCUACAUCGCUGGCGUUGAUGGCCAGUAG